AUGGCGUCCAAAAAGCUGCUCAUCCAGUCUUCUACACGUUUUGAAGCCUGCCGUGCAGAGCUCGCCACCGGCCAUGGCAGGCUUGGAGUUCAGGAGAUAGCUUUUGUCCAGAUGAAGUAUGUGGUAGCCUCGAUUCUCGAGCAUUUCAAGUUGGAGCCAUUUUGUACCAAGAAGCUGGCAUUUGUUCUGAUGCUGACGGCAUACAUGAAAUCGGUGGCUCAAAAUGAGGGAGCUGUCGAGCCGGGAGUUUUGCAGCCAUUGAUUGUGGCGGCCAUGAAUGAGGCUAAUGCGACUGGAAUUAAGUUUAUAGCAGCCCCUUCUGCAGCCUAA